GCCCGAGCCCCGCCCCUGGCUCCCCAACCCCUUCUCUCCGCUCCCCCUCCAGCCCGCACCAGGUACCCCGGCGGGUCGUGCGGCUUCGCGCGCGGUGAGAGCCGGCGGUCACCAUGGCGAUGCGGGAGCUAGUGGAGGCGGAAUGCGGGGGUGCCAACCCGCUCAUGAAGCUGGCCGGGCACUUCACCCAGGACAAGGCCUUUCGGCAGGAAGGGUUGAGGCCUGGCCCCUGGCCCCCAGGAGCCCCAGCCUCGGAGGCGGUCUCUAAGCCUUUGGGGGUAGCCUCUGAAGAUGAGUUGGUGGCCGAAUUCCUCCAGGACCAGAAUGCACCACUUGUAUCCCGUGCCCCUCAGACCUUCAAGAUGGAUGACCUCCUGGCAGAGAUGCAGGAGAUUGAACAGUCAAACUUCCGCCAGGCACCCCAGAGAGCCCCUGGUGUGGCCGACUUGGCCCUGUCGGAGAACUGGGCCCAGGAAUUCCUUGCAGCUGGAGACGCUGUGGAUGUAACUCAGGAUUACAAUGAGACUGACUGGUCCCAAGAGUUCAUCUCUGAAGUUACGGACCCUUUGUCUGUGUCCCCGGCCUGCUGGGCUGAGGAAUACCUGGAGCAGUCAGAGGAGAAGCUGUGGCUGGGAGAACCAGAGGGGACAGCUGCCACUGCUCGCUGGUAUGAUGAAUACCAGCCUGAGGCGGACCUGCAGCACACGGCCAGCGACUUUGUGGCCAAGGUGGAUGACCCAAAGCUGGCUAACUCUGAGGGUACUUCAGAGGCCUGGGUUGACCAGUUCACAAGACCAGUAAACACAUCUGCUCUUGAUAUGGAGUUUGAACGAGCCAAGUCAGCUAUAGAGUCUGAGGUCGAUUUCUGGGACAAGUUGCAGGCGGAGUUGGAGGAGAUGGCCAAACGGGAUGCUGAGGCCCACCCCUGGCUCUAUGACGACCUCACGGCUGCUUCCUACGAUAAGGGGUACCACUUGGAGGAGGAGAACCCCCUGCGUGACCACCCCCAGCCUUUUGAGGAAGGGCUGCGGCGACUUGAGGAGGGUGACCUGCCGAACGCUGUCCUGCUCUUCGAGGCGGCUGUGCAGCAGGACCCCAAGCACAUGGAAGCCUGGCAGUACCUGGGGACCACCCAGGCGGAGAAUGAGCAAGAACUCUUAGCCAUCAGCGCGCUGCGGAGGUGCCUAGAGCUAAAGCCAGACAACCGGACGGCACUGAUGGCGCUGGCUGUAAGCUUCACCAACGAGUCCCUGCAGCAGCAGGCCUGCGAGACCCUGCGAGACUGGCUGCGCUACACACCAGCCUAUGCCCACCUGGUGGCAGCCGGGGAAGAAGGGGCCAGCGGGGCAGGACUGGGCCCCAGCAAGCGCAUCCUGGGCUCUCUGUUGUCCGACUCCCUGUUUCUCGAAGUGAAAGAGCUCUUCCUGGCAGCUGUGCGCCUGGACCCGACAUCCACUGACCCUGAUGUGCAGUGUGGCUUGGGAGUCCUCUUCAACCUGAGUGGGGAGUAUGACAAGGCGGUGGACUGUUUCACAGCCGCCCUCAGCGUUCGUCCCAAUGACUAUUUGCUGUGGAAUAAGCUAGGGGCCACCCUGGCCAAUGGAAAGCAGAGUGAAGAAGCAGUAGCUGCAUACCGUCGGGCCCUCGAGCUCCGGCCUGGCUAUAUACGGUCCCGCUACAACCUGGGCAUCAGCUGCAUCAACCUUGGGGCCCACCGUGAGGCGGUGGAACACUUUUUGGAGGCCCUGAACAUGCAGAGGAAAAGCCGGGGCCCUCGGGGCAAAGGAGGUGCCAUGUCGGAGAACAUCUGGAGCACCCUGCGUUUAGCCUUGUCUAUGUUAGACCAGAGCAACGCCUAUGGGGCGGCUGAUGCCCGGGAUCUGUCCACCCUCCUAGCGAUGUUCGGCCUGCCCCAAUGACAGUGGGAUGGGCUGCCCUGCGAGUGUUUGCCUGGAGGGGUGCCUGCUCUGGAUGUGAUCCCCUCUCCCCAAACGGGCCUACCAAGGGGGUGGGCUGAUGGCCACAAGCGGUACUGCCUCUCAGGAGCUGCCUCAGUGUAGGGGUGGGUGGUCUGGGUUCUAGUUCCUGCAUAAUUGUAGGAAGAUGAGCUGUGUUGUCGGAGUCCCUUGGUAAUUCAAGGGCUGUCCGUGCAGCUCCAGAUCUCUCUGCUCAUCACGCCCUUUCUUGGUGCUGCUUUUUGGGAAGGACCCAAGGAUACAGGUUGUCAUCUGCUGCCGUUUCUGAUUGGGUCUACCACAUUUGUAGCGUCUGUCCUCCCCCUCCUUUCUCCUUUUACUGGGACUUGAUGAUAGUCCAGCCUC